AUGCCCUCCGAUGCCGACUCGCAUCGACCGUCUCUUGCCACGGAGCCGUCUGUUAGCGUCCGCGUCGGCCCCUUGACCGAGAGCGCCAAGGUCAAGGGGGCCAUGCCCAGCUUUGCCACGGCUGGUUCGGCGAGCCUCCGCAUCGGUGGCCGCACCAGGAUGGACUGGCAGGAGAAGUUGAUCUUGAUCAUAGACGAGCAGGCUCGCGCGGCCUUGAAACUAGAAAACGGCGCCAGAUACACCGCGGUCGAAGCCAUCCUGGACAAGACACAUCCAGGCCACCAUGUCGACACCAUCACAGUGAUGCACUUCGGCCCGCCAGCGAGGCUGCUGCUCGCGUCGGAGACCACGAACGGCUUUUGCUUCGGUCAGAGAAAGCGGUCGUGGCAGGAGCACAACGUCACACGCAGAGGCUUGCCAUACGCGGCGGCCUUUGCGUGUACGGACUACAAAGUCCAGGGGCGGACGUUGGAGCGCGUGGUGCUGGAGUUGCGGGGAACGAGGACGACGAACAUUGACGGGUACGGGAUCAUGCUGCUGUCCGAGGCACGGGAACGCGACUUCACGGGCGACACCGUUCCUGAAGACAUGAUUGACGCCGAACGGAGGCUUGAGCGGCUGAGCGAGGAGACUAUCCGAGACGCCGAGGAGGCGGGAUUGGACACGGAUUAG